UUAACAUGGUAACAUAUUCGUAUACGCGCGCUCGGGACUCCCUUCCAGAUGUUAGCGAUGACAGCGAACCUCGUAACGUGUUUCUGAACUAGAACUGCCUUCGUGCAACGAUUUACUACUCUGUUUUCGAUUCUUCCCAGGUUUUACUUUUCUUCACUGAAAAAUAAGAUUUAUUUCUAUCGAAUUUUUAAGCGAUAUCGAAAAAAAUGCCUAUGCGAAUAACACGAAAACACGUCGAAUUGGCAACGAAGUGGACUCCAACUGUAAUGGCUUAUGGAGCUGGAGCAUCGUUAGCAUUGCUAUACUUUACAGACUGGAAAGUAGUGGUACGAUAUAUUCCAUUCUACGGUAUCAAGUUUCAAAAUCAAGAAUAGGCUACAAAGUCACUCGAUAAGAUUAUGUAAUAGUCUUACUGGAACGAUAGAGACUUUAUUGUAUCAUACUAAAUUUACAUGUGUUCUGUUUAUUUAUGUAAAUUAAUAAAAAAAAUCUAUGUAAAAUUAGUAAUGAUGUGCACCAUGAGCUGGAAUUUAGUCUUUGCUCUGUUCUGAGGCUCUCAUACGCUGCUCGUAAAUGAUGUUUGCAACUUCUUCUGCUUCGCGGGCCUUCCGCUGCAUCAUCCAUGGCCGUAUAGAGAAUCUGCAAAGAAAAUUGAAAAUAAAUCACAUGAUUUGACAUGUA